GUGACAUUCCCAAGAAAUCGGGCAGGCUGAGGGCAUUUGGGUUGGCUUCCCGGCACAUAAUUCCCGAAGCCCUGCAUCACGAAGUUGAUUCGAAAACGCGUAUAAAAGCCAGACCUUUAACAAGAUGGCUUUUUUCUUCUUCUUUUCUUUCCCAAAGCACCCAUCCUCACUCAGACUGCUUCAUCACACCAUUCGAGCUCAAUCACCUUUGCAAUUCGUCAGCUGUACCCUCCAAAAGCCUUUUUUUCAAUCAUGAAGUUCCUACUCAUCUCGACUUUGAUGGCCCUCGCACUAGCGGCCCCAGUCGAAGAAGCCAACUCGACAGAUCUACUGGUGCCCAUCAAAGUCGACCAAGACGGCACCCAAGGCCCAAACUCGCUCGCCAUGGCCGGAUGCAUCAUCCGUGCGUACAGCGGCGACCGGUGCGACGGCCGAAACCUGUACGCCUACGAGUACGCCGUCGUGAACAACCAGUGUCGCAGCUGCCGAAACUUUGAGGGCGCCCACUCGUUCAGAUUCGAAGGCAGGUGUCUGAUGUACCAAUCGUUGUACGCACACUCUGGCCAGUGCGGUACAGGUCUCGGGCUUUUCGCCGGUGGUGGUGGUUGGGAUACGUGCUUCAAUGUCAACACGGGACACGCAUGGAACUCGGGAACAGUUUGUUUUGGACCGCGUUGAGAGUGGGAUGGACGUUUUUUUGUGCUUGGCAAUCAUGUUAUAGGUGGGAUUACGGUGGAGCGACGAGUUUGGCCACUGACCACAAAAAUUGACAGCCGUGGUCGCUUCAUGACUGCGCGUGCUGCCAGUGUGUCUUGAUAGCACAGGUACCCAAAAUUUAUGGAUCAAGUUCAGUUGGCCUUUGAACUUUGUGUCUCGCAAAAAGUACGAAAGACUCAGAGGAAAGCACGAUAAAAUACAAAACAGACGAGAAAACAAAACCGAAUAACCCAUAUACCAGCCAAAAUGCGGGUUUCCUACAUUUUCCUUUUUGCCCC